GUUGAACCUCUUCCGGUCGGGGUGAACUCGAGGUUCUGCCUAUGGAUUUGCAAGUCCGCGAUUGUCAAUAGGCACUGUGCAAAUCCCCUUUCCAUCAUCGUGCCAGAUCCGAUAAAGCCCUGCGAAAACGAAGAAGGCUUCCUGCUACUCACUACCUAGCCUCGGUGGCGGGCGGAUAUCCUCUGGCUAUAACCACAUGCGGCAAUGUUCAGGAAACCUAGAGAGAACGUCUCAUCGUCUUCAAUCAAGACAUCACCUGUAACGCCGUCUAUCGGAAGACCCCCGACGCCACCGACCAGCAGCAACGCCGCUCCUCCUCCGCGCUCCAAAUCCACAACCGUCAUGGCAUCCCGCAACAAGGCGCUCACGCCCCGCGCGAAUUCGAAAACCAACAUGUCGUCCGCCGCGAACCGCAGUGCGAAGAAGCCCAGCGCCUCCGCCCCGAAGCCCAAUGGCAACAUCCUCAACUUCUUCAAGAAGGUCGAGAAUCCCCUCAAGGACGAGUCCAUCUUCGUCCCGCGCGGAUCCAAGGAUGUGGUUCCGGCGCGGCCGAGCCCGGAGAUCAUCUUGGAUCCGGAUGUUGAGGAUUUGUAUGCGGAUGAUGAUGCGUUGGAUGGGGCCAGGUUUAAUGAGGUGGGGGGUUCGGUGAAGAGAAGGAAGAUAUUGAGUGGGGAUAUAGCGGUUGAGAAGAUGGGUGAUGAUGGUGGGGAUGUUGGGGUGGAUAUAAGUGCUGCAGUUUGUCCACCUCUGGUUGAGGAAUCGACGGAGACGAAGAAUCCAAAGUCUAAAAAGCCGAAGAGGAGAGGGCCGUUCCUCUCGGAUUCGGAUACUGAGGAUGAGGUUGGCGAUGUGAUAUUGCCAAAGUUCGCUGUGCAGGCGCGAAACAAGGCACUGGACGGGCCGGACAAGCACGAGGAUUUAGGGACCUCGUCGGCGCUUUCAUCGGUAGAACCUUCCGGGUCUGAUGAUCAGGUCACGUUCAAACGUCACAAGAGGGUUCCAAUAGCUAAGGCUCAGGCUAAGUGGGAAGCCCUGCAACCGAAAAAGCGGGCGCAGCCCAAUAUCCAAGUUGCUGUGGAUGAUACAGCGGACGAGUCAACAAACACAGGUAACGACGUUCCCAUUCCGUCGCUGAACAAAGAAGAGACGAGCGUGGAUGAAUGGGGAAAAUUCGACGAUAUAGAAGACUUUCCUGAUGAUGAAUAUGCCGAGGGGGAAGAGUUUAUCGAACGGAAGUGGAUGGAAGAACAAACCCGUCUAGAGGACGAAGGAGUCCAAGAAGAGGAGUUCAAUGGCUUUCCCGAUGAUGAUGAGCUAGGAAAGGGAGCUCCUGGAGAGAGAACAGCGACCUGUCCCAUCUGUGAUUCGGAUCUAGGCGGCAUCACUCCUGAUGAAGCUACGAGACAUGUUAAUGGAUGUUUGGAUGGAAAUCCUAUACCUUUACCUGGACCCAAAACUUCCAAGUCGGGGUCUUCUGAGGUCAAACUCCUGCCUCCGGGGAGCAGCAGUCGGUUCAUAAGGAAAGCCGCAAUACCUAGGCCAGGACAAGCAAGUCCGUUUCAGAUUGGAAACUCGGAUACUACUCAAUCAUCGGCAUUCUCCAAGUUGAUGUCCGGCCAUGCAGAAGAUGCUGCCUGGGCGAGCGCUGCGGCCGCAGAGCAAUCUGCCAGGGGGAAGCCUGCGUAUCAGAGGACGUGUCCAUUCUACAAGAUCAUCCCUGGUUUCUCUAUCUGUGUUGACGCCUUCCGAUAUGGUGCUGUCCAGGGAUGCAAUGCGUAUUUUCUGAGCCAUUUCCAUAGCGAUCAUUACGUCGGCCUCACAUCCUCAUGGUGUCACGGUCCAAUCUACUGCAGCAAGGUCACGGCAAACCUAGUAAAGCAGCAAUUACGAGUUGAUCCCAAAUGGGUCGUGGCUCUGGAUUUCGAGGCACGUUUUGAAGUGCCAGGAACUCAAGGGGUAGCAGUCACCAUGAUACCCGCCAACCACUGCCCAGGCAGCUCCUUAUUCCUCUUCGAGAAAACUGUUGGAAGAGGGGCGAAUCCCAAGAUCCAACGCGUGCUACACUGUGGCGAUUUUCGAGCCUGUCCAGCACACAUCGCUCACCCUCUCCUCAUGCCAGACAUCGUGGAUUCCAUCACUGGCAAGACGAAACAGCAGAAGAUCGACGUCUGCUAUCUUGAUACUACGUACUUGAAUCCUAAGUACUCAUUCCCUUGUCAGGAGGAUGUAGUCAAAGCCUGUGCAGACAUGUGCGUGAGUCUCAAGAGCGAGCGCGCCGAAGAGAAUGACGCAUGGGAAGUGGCCAAGCGUCAACGAGCUGGCAACAUGGCAAAAUUUGUGUCCAAGCCUGAAGAGCCCAACCCGGUCUCCAACCCCAGCAAACCCCGCGGCCGACUCCUCGUCGUCUGCGGCACCUACUCUAUCGGAAAGGAGAAGAUCUGUAUGGGGAUCGCGCGGGCCCUCGACUGCAAGAUCUGGGCGCCGCCAGGCAAGAUGCGCAUCUGCGCGGCGCUCGAAGAUCCAGAGCUCAUGAGCCGCAUGACGGACGAUCCGCGCGAGGCGCAGAUCCAUAUGCAGAUGCUGAUGGAGAUCCGGCCGGAGACAUUGCAGGAGUACUUGCAGAGCUACAAACCGCACUUUAGCCGCGUGGUCGGAUUCCGCCCCAGCGGCUGGAACUACCGGCCUCCUAGUUCCCGCUCGAUCGAUGCAAGCCCCAGCAUCUCCACGAUCCUGCACGCGCCCAACUGGCGCUCCUCCUUCUCGCUCACGGACCUGGUACCGCAGCGCGGCAGCACGAAGCAGGCCAGCUGCUUUGGCGUGCCCUACUCGGAGCACAGCAGCUUCCGCGAGCUGACCAUCUUCGUCUGCGCGCUGCGCAUCGAGAAGGUGAUCCCGACGGUCAACGUGGCGAGCGCGGCGAGCCGGCGGAAGAUGAAGGGCUGGAUCGACAGGUGGCUGAUGGAGCGGCGGAAGGGCGGCGUGGUGCGUGUUGGGGGUGAAGGGGGCGUCAAGUGGUAGGUGGUAGGUGGUGGUGAGUGAAAUGAGGAUCGCUAGUUGAGAGGAAAGUAAGGGUUGGGAUUGCGAUUCCGGAUUGGUUUUGGGAGUCGGGAGUGUUAGAGAGAGGUUAGAUUUAGGUAUGAUUCGAGAUAUAUCAUCAAUCGUAUCACGUUUCCACUC